AUGACUUUGUUUGAGACCCUUCAACAACAGCAACAGCAACCACCGUCUUCAACGUCACAGUCAGAUUCACAGAUUCUUUCACAUGAAGCAACUGUAAAUAAAGCCAAUGACAGUGGGUUCUUUGCUAAUGUCACCUCCAACCCGCUCUUCUCUGCUGGUUUUGGUCUUAUUGGCGUGGGUGCAGGGCUUUCUUUACUACGUAAAGGCACUACCGUCGGCUCAAGCAUACUGCGUCGAAAAUUACUUGUCACACUAGAAAUACCUUCCAAAGAUAAAUCAUAUAUGUGGUUCUUGCAAUGGAUGUCUCAACAAGCGCCUAAACGACAGGUUCAACAUUUAGCAGUUGAGACUAGCUAUCGACAACAUGACAAUGGCAGCGUUACGACUAAGUUUGGGUUGGUACCUGGCCCUGGCACACAUUAUUUUAAGUGGAGAAAGAUUUGGAUGAAAGUUGAAAGACAGCGCGAUGGAAAAAUGAUGGACUUAACGACUGGUUCGCCCUGGGAGACAAUUACUAUUACAACCUUGAGUAGAGAUCGGUAUGUAUUUAAAGAAUUGUUGAAAGAGGCACAGGAAAUGGCGUUAAAGAAACAAGAGGGAAAGACAGUACUGUAUACAUCCUAUGGGCCGGAAUGGAGGCCGUUUGGAACACCACGAAAGAGACGCAUGCUGGAAUCUGUGAUACUGGAUAAAGGUAUUAAGGAAAGGAUUGUCAAUGAUGUAAAAGCUUUCAUUGGAAAUGGUAAAUGGUACAAUGAAAGAGGCAUACCGUAUCGUCGUGGCUAUUUGUUAUAUGGUCCGCCCGGAUCAGGUAAAAGUAGCUUUAUACAAGCCCUAGCAGGUGAAUUGCAAUAUAACAUAUGUAUACUCAAUCUAUCAGAAAGAGGGUUAACAGAUGACAGACUGAAUCACUUACUCAGUAAUGUUCCAGAGCGGAGUAUUAUGCUAUUAGAAGAUAUUGAUGCAGCUUUCACCAAACGUAAACAAACAGAUAAUCAAGGAUAUCAAUCCAUGAUCACAUUCAGUGGUUUAUUGAAUGCUUUGGAUGGUGUUGCUUCCGCUGAAGAGCGUAUAAUCUUUUUGACGACCAACCAUGCAGAAACUUUAGACCCAGCAUUGAUCCGUCCAGGAAGAGUGGAUCUGAAGGAAUACCUGGGCAAUGCGACAGAAUAUCAAAUCAAAAAUAUGUUUAUGCGGUUUUAUGAUGACGAAAAACUGGCUGAUCAGUUUGUGGAGAGAUUAAAAGGGAAGCCUGUCAGUACAGCCAGUUUACAGGGUCAUUUUGUUUAUUAUAAAGAUAGACCAUUAGAAGCAGUGCAGAAUACAGAUACUCUAUUUAAUCAAUUGCUGUAG